AUGUCAAGUCUGCUCUCCUUUGCCCGUGCUGGGCCUGCACAUCGUGCGUCUCACGACGAGGAAGCUGCUGUCGCAACCUCUUCCGCCAACUCGCAGCGUCCAUCUCGCUGGUCCCUUCCUUUUGGAAUUGGCUCUACCUCGGGCAAUCGGCAGGCUCUUGCCGUCGAGAUGAGUUCUCAACCUGUCGCCACUGCUGCAAAUGCCAAUAACAGCAACAAUAAUGUCAACCUCGACAUCGAACAGGGCCAAGCUCGGCACGAACGCGGCGCUUCCGGCAGAUCCAUCUUGUCCGCCGUCUCCAUCCCCUCGCUCUCCCACCUUCGUCAACGCGAUCGCGACCAAGAGAGGCGUCGGCAAGAUGCUAGGGUCCAGGCUGAAGGUGGUACGCUCGCCUCGCUUGGCGUUGGCAAUCCGCUGGCUCCCAUCUUGCUCUCUCAACCCAGCGCAUCUGCAUCGCGCACCGCCAACAAGAAGUCCAGAAGCAGUCGACGCGAACGAGAAGAAGCGGCUACACUAUUCGGUCCUAACCUAGCAAAUUACUUUGGCAGUGGCGUCAGCAGCUCUGGUGCGGUCUCCAGCCAUGGAGCUGGCGUUCCUCAGCCCGCUGCCGUCGCCAGUCCUGCCUCACCCGUUACAGCCCCAUCACCAGCGCUGCCAUCUUCUCCGCAAGCUGCUCACGACCUUGCGGGCAGCCAAGCGAUCGAUUCAGCCACGGGAUCAUCCACCAUGGAUACUUCGUAUCCUCAGAACGCCUUCAACUCGCGUCGCGCUCGUCUCGGCUCUCGCGGCCGGGCUAGAGGCGCUUCUCUUUCCGGUCUCAGCAUCAUGUCUUUGGGUGCAGAGUCGGUCACCUCGCUCGGAGGCAUCAAUACGGAACGAACAGUCGACACGACUCAGGCAACAGGCAUGAUGCAGGGCUCGACGGCUGACCUCAUUGACCAGCUCAAUCGCGACGCUUCUUCUGUAGGCGGCCCCAUCGCCAUGAGCGAAGGUAUCGACAUCGGCACCCUCCAACGCUGGAUUCAGCGCAGCUCGGGUGUUACUUCUCCCGACGCUCCCGCAGAUGCCGCCUUGUCAGCUCCAGCUGCGUGUGGCCCGCCCGUCUGCACCACCCUCCAGUCCUUUGUCAAUCUCAAGCGCAACACGCUCAAACUCUCCACUACCGCAUCCACAUCGACAAAGUCGGAUUCGGUCGGCGGCAAGGCGUCAGAAAUUGCUGCCGAUGCCAACAUCCUGCGUUCUAGAUCGUCGCUUUCUGUGCUCCCGACCCUCUCUUACGGCAGCACCAGUGUUGCCGCUACCCCCGCGGGCAGGGAUCUACUGCCAGAACCGACGCACUCGCUCUAUUUCGAGUACGACUGCGCCGCUCCUUACGCCAGCGUUCAGAUCUUCAUCCGUGCAAGUCGCAAGCACGGCAGCUGGCUCAACUGGACACCUCCUGCUGAAACUGGUGCUCAUCCGCUGUCCUCGCAAACCAACGCUGAUGGCUCUCAAGCAUGGCUAGCCCAGUGCGGCCCGCCACCGCACGUUCUGGGUUGGCCUGUCCACGUUGCCAAGCUCAAGAAAGGUUUUGGCUCUGGUCACACGGCCAACAUUCCUCUUCACUUGCAGUACUAUGCGCCGCCGAAGGCCAAGAAGGCGGACCGCAACAGCGCUGCUAUCGCUACGGGAGGCGACACGAGCGACAAGGAUGCAUCGGUCAAGCGUGCAUUGUCGUUCAAGCGCGUGCCCGAACCGCCUACACCGGCGGCCAUCCCCGAGACGCCUGGAUUUGAGUUUAAUCGCCGUCUCGAGAUGGAUGCGGAUGAUGCAGAUGAGGAUGCCGCCAACACGAACGCGCGCGGUACUUCAGGAGCUGCAGCACGAGCAGAAUCGGGUUCGAGAGCCGACGCCGCUGCUGCUGGAGCAGCCACCACGGACCACGGUGCGCCAUCGUUGGCAAUCGAGGGCCUGGUGGCGCAACCUGUGAUCGAAGAGGAGACCAAAGAGCAGCGCCUGGCACGCGAAAAGGCUGAGCGCGAAACACUCAAGCUUGCCAUCGUCGUCGAAGCGCUGGACGAGAAUGCUCGACCACUUCGCGAGCCUAAUCUGCAAACGUCGUACUUGCGUCUCACCUCGCUUCCUGUCAAGAAGCCUAUUGCUGGGCGACUUGCCGAGAUUGCCGGCGAAGCCGUUGGAGGACCGGAACCGCCUCGUACGUGGUCUUCGCAGAUGGAGGGGCAAGAAGCCGAGAUCGGCCCGCAUCGAUUCCAGUUGCAGGAGCUGUAUGGGUUGUCGUCUAAGCCGCCUGCUGUGGCUCCCGUCGCAGUAGAAGGUGCGGAUGCGGACGAUGAUGCGGCUGUUGCGCCACCGCCGCCGCCGAUGGAUUUGGACGCGAGCAAUGGGUCCGAGUGCUUGAUCUGCCUGUCGUCGCCGCCGACGACGCUGCUUCUGCCGUGCACGCACGGGUUGUGCUUGGAGUGCGCCGUGCAGUUGAGAGAUUCGGUGGUGGGGAUCAGGCAGUCCGAGAGGAGGAGGGGGAGGACGCCGAGGAGGAAGUACGCUUGCCCAGUAUGCAGGAGGGCGUAUACGAGCAUGUUGCACCUCAGCAAGGCGGAUGAAAAAGUGAUUGCUCAGCAGAGCGUGUAG